AUGGAGCCGCCGAGCCACGCGCGCCUCGUGGCCAUGCGCCUGCUGACCGCCUCCAACACGCCCGAGCGGCCGGCCGCCAUGUCCUCCAAGGCGGCGCAGCUGUGCCUGUCGCCCACGGACCCGAGCGAGGACCCGGCCACGAUGGCGCUGGCCAUGGCCUCGCCCGUGCUCACGGGCAAGCCCGCGCCCGUGACGUCGCCCAACCCGGCCAAGAACCCGCUGCCCGGGCUGCAGUUCGCCAUCUCGGCGCAGCGCGCGCCCGCCCGCGAGCUGCGGCUGCCGUCGUUCUCCAGCACCUCGUACGAGCUGGAGAGCGCCACGCCCGCGGCCAGCAGCGCCGAUGAAGAGGAGAUGUCUUCCCAGCAGCAGAUGCAGCAGCAGCAGCAGGAGAAGUCGGCCGCGCAGAGGCGCAAGAAGGGCACGCGCCGAGGCACGCUCCACCCGGAGGCCAAGAACGUGCUGAAGGCAUGGAUGUUCUCGCCCGAGCACUUCGCCCACCCGUACCCGAGCGAGGAGGAGAAGGAGGAGCUCGCCAACGAGGCCGGAAUUGAGGUCAAGCAGCUCUCGAACUGGUUCACGAACGCGCGCAAGCGCCUCUGGCAGCCGGUGCUGCGCCAGUCCGGCGUCGAGGUCAAGAACUUCCUGUCCACGGGCCGCGGCGGCCCCCGCGGCAACAAGCUGGACGUGCCGGCCAACAUCCACCAGCUGGUGUCGCCGUCGCCUGUGCCGAGCCCGCCGAGUUCACCUCGCAAGCGCUCGUGGUCGGCCAUGCACAGCUCCCCGGCCUCGGUGGACGACAGCAAGCGCCGUAAGAGCUCGGCCGCUAGGAAGCGCUCUAAAGCCAGCGCCAGCAACGCGAACGACGAGAACCCGAUCCCGCAACUUCAAGAUCUGGAGCUGCUGGCGGCCACAUCGCUGUUGGGACUGCAGCACUUGACCCAGUCGGUGCAUUAAGCCGCGGCCAAAGCAUCGAGAAGCGUUUGAUAUUUAUUUGACUCUUAUGUAGGCAGUUGAAGCGGAAGUACAGCUAGAAAAAAAGUAUCUUCAGCAUUGGC